CGUUUCUGCCGCUACUUUUCCUGACAGAAAAACAUGCCUGUUUAGUGUUUAUCUAUAGCAAGCGCUUUUUUUGUACACGUAAGCGAGUGAUGGACUUUUUCGGCAUUAAAUGAAAAUAAGAAUCCUAAAUACGGGAUCUCUCUGUACUGAGACGCACGCGGCCGAUCGUAUUCACACGUCUUCUCGCAUGCCGUUAAAAAGUCAACUUUCCACUGCCGUUCUUCCAGGCACUGUAGGACACAUUUAGGAGGUAUCAAUACGGUGAUCGGGCAUGAAUCUGAAUUAGUAUAUUAUUAAGCAAUAAUAAUUCAAUAUGAUGUAGAAUUAAUCUCGUCAACGUUAACGGCGUUAUGCUGCGAAGUGAAAAGCCGGUCGGCACUGGUGCAAAGGUCGCUAGUUUUUGCCGCGCGCAAACAAUACUGCGCAGCCCGCUCCAGUUCCACUAACAUGCUUACACUGACCUCGUUACGUGCUGCAUCAGUUUCAAGGCCGGCAUGCGCGGCGGAAACUGGAUUUUGUUGACAAUUAGAUAAUACACGGGGCAAUCUGCUGGGCCAUCUUCCUUCAUGCACGGCGUUGAAUUCUACAAGAUUGCCGGUAGUAAUUACGGCUAGCUUCCCUGACUGUCCAGCAUUAUGCGCCGGGUUGCGCCAGCGUUAAGUUGAUUAUUUCUGUUAAUUACUUUCGCGUGUUCCUUCGAAUAAUUAUCUGCUUGGCUGGAUUCAAGUACUGCUACUAGUUUUAGCGGAAUAUUUUUAAGGAGUAUUUAUCGCUGGCCAUUUUCUUAUCAGCAUAUUCUGGAUACACCUGCAUUUAGUUUCGCACAAUUUUGCUUUUUAUUGAUCGUUUGCAAAAAUGCCGCGCUACGGAAUGCACUUGAUAUGGAUUGUCCUCAUAUAUUGGCAAGUUGUGAACAGUUUGAGCGAGGAUGACCACAGCGCGUACAUGGAGCAGCCGUACCUGCCGGUGCAGGCGCCGGGUCCGGGCCCGGGCAAAUCGGCCAACGUCAGCCUGUACAACAACAGCAGCAGCAGCGCCGUGGCCGACCAGCACUACGGCGACGCCGCCGCCGGCUACCAGCCGUCGUACCGCGCCGCCGCCCAGGGCCACAUCCGCAUCGACCCCGCCGUCAAGGACGCCGGCUACCUCUCCGCCUCCGCCAGCUACCCCGCCGCCGGCAACUACAGCAGCCCCGCCGUCAAAGAGCAACACUACGGCCAACCCGUGGCCCCCGCCAACUACCGACCCUACCGCAACGACGCCCACAACUACGCCCGCACCGUCAACGCCACCACCAAGCAGGCGCCCUACCUCGGCGCCGGAUACGGGGGAUACGCCGCCAACACCUCCGUCACCGACCAACACUACGGGCAACCCUACGCGGGCGACUACUCGCGUCCGUACCGCGCCGGUAACUACGUUCCCACGGUGGACACCGCUGUGAAGAACUCCACGUACGGACAGCAGUACGCCAGCGCCGCCCCGGCGGUGGCUGACCAGGACUACGGGCAACCUUACGCCGGUGAAUACCGGCCUUACCGCGCGCAGAACUACCGGCCCAACUACGACCCGGCCGUCAAGGACGCCGCCUACGGGCUUCAGUACGGCGGCGCCACCCCGGCCCAACCCUACCCGGCCGCCGCCCCGGUGAAACAACAGUAUUACGGGCAGACUUACGCCGGCGACUACCGUUCCUACCGCAGCGACGCGGCGAACUACGCGCGCACGGUGCAGCCGGUGAAGGACGCCGGCUACCUGCAGCCACAAGCGGCGUACACCCCGGCCAACGGCACGGUGCGGGAGCAGUUCUACGGGCAGCCGCACGCCGGCGGCGGUUACCGGCACUACCGCACCGACGGCCGCAACUACGCGCCCAAGAUGCAGGGCGUCCAGGAUGCGCCGUACCUGAGUCCGGCGGGAGACGGCGGGGAGUACCACGAGGAGCACUACGAGGACGAAGAUUACGCGGCCGACGGGUUAUGCGCGCCGGCGCAGACGCGCGUGGACCGCACGCUGUACUGCGGCAUCCCCAACGUGCUGCGCGGCACCCAGGUCGUCCAUCCCGAAAAGUUGGGCGGGGAGUGGUUCCAGUACCGGCGCUCGCCCAUCGGCCCGCUGCAGAUCAACCCCGUGCUGCGCGUGCGGCCGCUGGGCCGCGCCGAAAUCCCUUCGACGCACUAUCCGGCGAUGGCGGCCUGGUACGCGUCCUCCUGGUACCAGAGCUCGCAGGACUACUCCUGCAGCGACAUCUUCUACGCCGGCUUCCUGGGGCUGCGCGGGACGCAGGUCAUGGACACCUACUUCCCGGAGCGGGCGCCCAUCGAGUAUACCAUCUUCUACACGUUGCUGCUGGACGAGCGGCUCGGUCUGUGGAUCAACUACGAGUGCCAGAAGUACAGCGCGGCGAGCGGCGUCUGCGCCCGGCCGCACAUCUGCGUCAACGUGCGCGAGCGCCCGGACCUGCUGUCGCGCGACGAACAGGCGCGGCUGGACGCCGCCAUCAACCAGGCCGUGGCCCCCUUCUGCCUGUCCAUCACGCAGCUGCCCAAGCAGAUCUACACCAACAGCAAGAGCCCCUGCCCCGAGCCCAAGGUGCCCGACUGGCUCAACAUGAAGAUCCAGGGCCUCGCGCGCUACCAGCGCAAACUCGAUCUCUCCACCCACAAUUAAAGUAGACUAACGACUUUACUCACUGUACCUGAUCCUGCCGAAUUCGGCAUUUGCAGUGUUGGAUUAUUAUUGUUUCUUGCAUUACGGUUAUGCAUUCUUCUUGUUAAUUAUGUAGCGUACUUGUAGCGAACGUCUUAACUCUUACGAAAGUGAUGUGGCCGGUGUUAUUCUUGGACUGAGUGUGCUAGUGUAUCAGCUUCGUAUUCGCAGUCACGAUCAAUUGUUACAGUACUUGAGCGUUGUAUGCAUCCGCAUGGGGCAUCAGGUUUAAUUUGGUUUAUCGCUUAACGUC